AUGUUUGUGUUUACUCAUGGAAUGAUGAUUCUAAUGGAAUGGCAGAAACAGGAUUUCGUGCAAAAGAAACGACAGAGACGUGCCAAUGGAUUAGAUGAUGAUGCUGCGGAAGGAACUCACAGGAAAUCAGAUCAGUCAAAGAUAAGGGGAGCUUCCUUGACUGAAAUGUUUACUCCAUGUCAGUUGGAAGCGCACGUUGCAAUUCUCAAACAAUGGGUUGGUGAGACUAAGCCAAAGGUGGAUGAGAAACGGGCAAUGGGAGAGUGUAAGAAUGACUAUGCAUGUCAGUUAUGUGGAGUAGAGAAGCUUUUUUUCGCGAUAGGCGGCUGCUUCUUGUGCCGCACAGUUUUCAAGAAGAUGGACACAUAUCGCAGUGCAUCAAAAUUUGGUGUGGAGUGCCGAAUCUGUAGUAAAUGUUUAAAGAAAAUCGAAGGUGAAAAACUGAGUGUCUCUGGGCUUCAUAUUAGCAAGGAAAAUAUAAGUCUGGAUAUUGAUCCCCUGUAUCAAGAACCAUUUGUACAGUGUGAUAGAUGUGACCGUUGGCAACACCAUACAUGUGCAUUGUUCAACAAUGAAAGAAACAUUGGUGGGAAAGCUGAAUACAUUUGCCCAAAAUGUUAUAUUCAAGAUAUCAAAAAUGGGAUUCUUACUCCCUUGGAUCAGAGUGUUAUUCGUGGUGCAACAGAUUUACCAAGAACGAAGCUUAGUGAUUUCAUGGAAGGCAGACUCUUUUCACGUUUGAAGAAAGAACGAUAUGAUAGAGCAAAGGGCAUGGGAAAGAAUCCUGAAGAGGUCCCGGGAGCAGAAGAUCUUGUCGUAAGAGUUGUUUUAUCUGUUGACAAGAGAUUACUGGUGCAGCAAGAGCUUCUCAAUGUUUUUAAAGAAGAGAAUUAUCCGAAAGAGCUCCCAUACAGAUCAAAGACUAUUGCAAAACAAGGGGGUUCUCUACGUGCUAUGUAUGGUCUUACCCCCCCUUCAGUUGCAGAUGAUGAUUAUAUAUUUAACUGUCAUCCGGAGAUACAGAAGAGCCCCAAGGUUGGAUAUCUGCGGGACUGGUACAGAAAAGUGCUUAGGAAAGCAGCGAGUGAAAAAAUUGUUGCGAGUGUUACUAACUUAUAUGAUCACUUCUUUGUACCUCAUGGGGAACAUAAAGUAACAGCAGAUCGUUUGCCGUACUUUGAUGGUGACUAUUGGCUACCUACUGCUGAGGCUUUGCUCAAGAAGCUCGCAGAUGGUAAACUACCACCAGUAAGGAAGGCAAGGAAGCAAAAACCUUCUUUUGAAGCUGAUGGAUGCACUGAUGCUUCUAGGAAUUCAUUCGUGGACAAUCAGCUGAUGCAAGAGCUUGGUAAAGGCUUAUGGAAGCUGAAGGAAAAUUUUAUCGUUGUGCACUUGGAAACACAACAUAUGGCUGAGGAAACUGAUUCUGACGAAGAGGAAGUUAUUGAGGGGAGUCUUUUUGAUGGUAAGGAUAAUUUCAUGGAUUUCUGUGUGAAAAACCAGUAUCAGUUCGAUAAUCUUGGAAGAGCAAAGCAUUCCUCCAUGAUGAUACUUUACUAUCUACACUAUCCAAGCGCCUAUACACUGAAGCGGACAAGCCAAAAUGUGAUCAAUCCAGGGGUCGUACAACAAGUAGGCACUCAAGGGUAG